AUGGCUUCAAACACAGCGCAACUUAAUGGUCAACUAUCAUUCGCAAAGGUUGCGAUGAUGAACCCGCCUCUUGACCAGCGUAGUUUUCCACACCAUCAGGGGACGCAAAAAAACGAGUCUGUUGCCGACGUACCAAUUCCUCACGAUCCAGUGACCGGUGGAGCUUCGGGCCAACGAGAUCUACGACAUGGCGAUACGGACAGCGUGCACGUGGAUGAGCUGUCUAAAGGGGUCCAAACACUUCACUUGGUUAGGACAGAGGAAGCGGCAGAUGGCUUAGAGACGCCUGAAGAGGACGACCAUUUGAAAAACGAGGGCGCGUUUGAUGACGACCAGACCCACUUGUCUAACUCUUCUACGAAACCUACAAGCUUCGAUUCCAAGAGCAUGGCUUCGGUAACGACGUUCGCCAUGGAUGAAAAGGAGUCGUUGCGGCCCGAUGAUAGCGCAAGUGUUCAGGCUAUUGAAGAAGAUGACAUUUCUCUACCUGCUUCGGGUGCUCUCAAUUCCCAAGCCGGUUCGGAGAACAGUGCCCGCGUAGACCGCGUCAACCAACUGGCUAUGUCCCAACGACUUUCUGGCAUGGCCUCAGUCAAUGUUUCACGACUAAACGAAGGCUUGAAAUCUCUACAUCAUGAUCCAGCUAUUAAUCCUGUGAACGAGCGGACUCUCCACGGGUUUCCGAAUGAGCCAGAUGAGAAACUGCUUGAAGCGAUGCGUUCCCCAAAAGACAGGUUACUUAUACUUCAGCUCGAAGAGAAAAUCAUUUGUUUUAUCAAGAACCCUAGUGAACAAUCUUUAGAGCUUCCGCCCUGCAACGCUUUCGGGCGCCUGCUCGCUCAUAAGUUGGGAGAUUACUAUCAUUUGACACACUUUGUGGACAAUAAUGUAACGUCUGUCCGUCUCCACCGGACGCCGUGGUGUAGGCUACCUACCCCUCUGUCGGCACUCUACGCUGCAAAUGCCAUGAAAACCCCGCCGCCAGUAGUACCAGCAAUGAAAAUAAUGCGCCGUGCUGGCCAACAAGGAACGUCAUUUUCCGUUGGAGGAAGUACCGCGCCUAGUUCAUCGGUACCAUCGAAAACCGCGUCGGAAGUAGGAGCGGAAGGAUCUGGUGAAGAUGGAACGGAAUCAUCAACAGCAGCCACACCAGCCAAAGAACGCCAGGCUUUGACGCGCGAGGAGCGCGAAGCGAAGUAUCAAGAAGCUCGUGAAAGAAUAUUCAGAGAUUUUCCCGAAUCCAAAUCCUCAGAUAGUCCCAACAGCGGCGAACACAGCGCGAAUGUCUCUAGGUCUAACUCAAGAGCUGGCCGUAAGAAACACAAACAAAGGACGCCACAUGACGAUAGUUUCGAGGCGAGGUCGCAAUUUAGUACUUACUAUGGCGGUGUUCAAUAUUCAAAUGCGCAGUUACCGUUCACAGGACCCGUGCAUGACCCUUCGUUCAUCCCGCAAAACAACUACAUGUUGGGGCAACCGCCUUCCGCCGGUUUGAAUUUCGGGCAGGGCAAUCAGAACACUACCAUGUAUUCACCCCAGGCUAAUAACACUGGGUUUCCGCAUUAUCCAAUGGGUAUGGGACCGCAAGGUGGCUGGCAGAAUGGACAUAUUCCAGCUCAGUACGCAAACUUUCACCAGGGCGCCCAACUCCCAAUGAUGUCGCAGCAGUCAUCUACGAGAUCGUCGCCAGCGAUGAACUCCUAUGCUCUUCCCACCGGAAUGCAAUAUCCACAAUCCCCUCCGACAUGGACACAACCUCCUUACCAAUCUAACUAUCCCUCUCCUGCGGUGCAAAGGAACCCUCAAGCCGUACACUGGCCUAACCUACCGCCUAAUCCUGUCUCUUCCACCCAAGUGGUUUAUCCAUAUGGCCAAUCUCAAAACCAGACGUACUCUCAAAUUCCUCCUAGCAAUGGUUCCCAGCAUCCCUUACCCGGGAGUUUCGUGCGCUCAUCGUUUAAUCCGCAAAGCAGAUCCUUCGCUCCGGGCGCAGGAAUCUCUCAGCCAUCUUCUCAGCCGUCUAGUAGUCAUCCCGCAUCUGCUUCCCCUUGGGCGGCGACUCUAGACAAUGUGAACCGAUUUCAAGCUAAAAAUCUGGGAUCUCAGGCUAAUAACAGAGGUUCCACCUCUACAUCAUCGGGAGCGGGAAGACAAUCCGACAAUAAAAACUCGAUUGCGAAGUGGGGUACACCAUCUCAUCUCCCGCCAAAGCCUCCCCCGUCAGAAGUUCCUUAUGACUUUGAUCGGAUGGCGCGAACCUCAACAUCAUCUUCUCAGGCUUAUACGAAUAAUACUUCCACUCUUCCAAAGCCAGUGACAUCAAAAUCUGGCCCUUUGGUUGUGGGUGGCACGGCUUCUCAAAAUUCUCGAUCUCAUGGAACCUCAGCCUCGGCGCUGUAA